CUAGCUACUUCAACUAAACAAUGACUUGUUAUGUUUUGUGACGAAAAUAUAUUGCAAGGUCGAAAGAAAAACAGUCUUUACACUGAAAUUGUGAUAUCAAAGGUGGCGUUUAUAUCGAAAAUCUCGUUGGUCUACAGGUAGUUUUCCGUCUGGACUGAAAUGUCUGAUUCUCAGGUGAUAAUGAAAGACGAAACAUGCUCAACAGCGAACGGCAAAUCUGGAUCAAUGGAAUCUACAAAACAAGAUGCGGAAGUUAAACCGUUCACGCUGAAGAAAUGGAACAUUGUGGCAAUGUGGAGUUGGGAUGUAGACUGUGAUACCUGUGCAAUAUGCAGGGUGCAAGUGAUGGAUGCUUGUUUACGCUGCCAGACAGAAAACAAACAAGAAGAAUGUGUUGUUGUCUGGGGUGAAUGCAACCACUCGUUCCACAACUGCUGCAUGUCACUCUGGGUCAAACAGAACAACAGAUGUCCGCUGUGCCAGCAAGAAUGGAUGGUGCAGAGAAUAGGAAAAUAGGAUUGGAUGAGCUCACCGGUGGAGGAAUCGGCCAGCGCUGGACGUGUUGAUCUUUGUUACAUGAGAACCUUUCUGAAGUACACCAUGAACACACGCAAACGAUCAAGACAAUAGAUGCCCUGAUUGUCUUCAAGAGUAAUUUGGAUUACAGCAGUGUAACCUUGACGACAUAUUGAAGGGCUGACCAUCCAAAGUUGAGCAGGUCAUCCCCAUGCUUGUGAUGUUUGUUGACAAACAUUCAGUAAUACAGACCGCUGUGUUUAAACCAGACUGGACUUAAUUUUCUUUUUAAAUUAUCGUUCUUUAUCGUAGAACAUAUUGAUAUUUGCAGUUGCUGCAUGUGAACUUGCUUCAAGAUGUGAAUUGAAUGGUUUUUAAAUCAAUGAAUUUGUCAAGUUCAUCUACUGGGUUAAGGCUAGGAGUGUCCAAGGUUGAGUAAUUUGAAUCACUUGCGCCCUCUGUUGACCUUGAGAAAGUUGAGCUAUGUAAAUAUGUGUGGCCACAUUUCCUCUCCAAAGAUGUACCAGCAAUAAACCCUGACUUGCUCUAAAAUGUCCAUUAAAAAAAUCCAUAAAUUCUGAAAUUUUGUCAAAAUGAUGUUCAAAAUCAAAUAAUUCCCCACCCAACCCCUCAACAAAGUUGAUAACACUUCCAUAAACUGAAGGACACUGCUAGCGAUAAUGUGUAUAAAAAAAUAGCUUAGCCAAAAUGUUUCCCAUAACAAACCUGUAAAGAAUAUUAGAUGAAAUGUUUUGUUGCAUAUAAAUCAAAUUGUUAAUAAAUAAAUUUCCAACAAGUAAAUGCUCUGGUAGUUCAGUAAGAAAACAGUCAGCAUGUUUAGUGUAAUGUUUCUGUGUUGGGGAAACGUUGACACGUUUAAAAUUCAUUUAAUACUUAACAACAAAAUAAGUUGAGUCGGACAAGAUUCAUAAAACACAGGUCCCACCCAAUAUUUUAAUUUUUUUCUCUCUUAAAAGUCAGCACUACACAAUAGUGAGUGGCACCGGACAAGAUUUUAUACAAACUGUAGUAUAGAAACAUCACCAGUGUGUGUGUGUGUUUGUGACAAAUGACCAAUUCACAAUGAUUCUCAAAGGUUUCCCGUUAACGAUUCAAUCGACCAAUGCUUGGGGGGGGGGUGGAGGGGUCAUUUUGUACGUUACCAUGACUAGUAGGAAUCUCAAUCAACUAAAAUGCUUAACAGAAAUCAGUUCAGGGCUUGCGACCAUAUGUGUAGUAGUUCUGAAAGUCUGGUUCCCUAGGCAAGGCAUGUCUAAUUUGGGCAUACAAUGGAUCCAAGGUCAUGGGUAUCAUCCUAAGCAUAUUAACACCAGCAUACUUGGUUUUCAGCAAAAAGAUGAAGGUCUAUUUCAUGACACACUGGAGAAGCACAUUGAGGCUGCAUCCAAAUUGCACGGCUGUGGCUCAAACCAACAUGCAUCUAUGGGAAGAGCUGAAGCCACUUCGCAUAGACGAGUGGUACUGCCAGUGUAGCCAACCAAUUUGGACAUAGCCUUCAAUAUAAACUUAGCACACUUGAAAAAUUAAGACUCAAGCAAUACAAGAGUACAGUAUUUCCCCACAUAUCUCGAAGAACCCAUGCAUUAUACACAUGGCUGAAAAAUGACAUCAUUGAAAGGACUGUUACUCAGUAGACAUAUAAUAUCACCUUUUUUUUGAAGGGUACAUGUAUAUUAUAUAAAAUGGCGAAUCACAGGAACAAUUUGGAACCAAGGUAUUUUUUGUUUUUUUCUGUUACCUUUUCAUUUUACAGGUUGUUGAGUAACUUCAAUUAGGAUGAGACAAUUGGGGGGGGGCAGAGCCAAUUUGAAAGCAGAAAUGUGUUUGGCUCCAACAGUUCAAGUUUUCCCUUAAUUUUAAUAGCUGGGCAUCAGCAGUAUUAAAGAUCUGCUGAAGAGCUCAAAGUUUGGCCCAAGUUUACUCAAGAAACGGCACAUUAAAAAAAAGAGUCAACAUAUUUCUGGUGUAACACCACAUAAUUGUCAAACGAAAGUCAAACACAGCUCUAUUUUUAAAGGGAUAAUAUGUACUUAAAUCUGGGGCAAAA